UAUUAUUAUUUAUUGAUAUGACACUAAACGUGGUAUUUUAGAAAAUAUUAUUAUUAUAUACAUUGCGUAUGUUUUAUAUAGACUGAAAAAUAAGUGCAAUCUGGUUAAACACAUUCGGAAAGCUUAAAGGAAGAUCACAAAAUAAUUCUUUAAUGAAUGAAAAAUACUGACGACGCUUUGUUAAAGAAAAUAAUCAGACUGCUUCUCAGUCUAACAUCUUACACUGUCCGUAAAUAGACUUAAAACAUCCUUGUUUAUAAAUUGUGUUUUUCUUGGUGUAUUUGGAUAGACUCUAGCUAUUCUGGAUUUUGUUGGAGGAAUUGUCUAAAUAUAGUCUUAUAUAGUGAAUUUAACAAUGACCGAUAUUAGGGGUGAUAGCGCAGUGUUUGUGAUGGACGAUUAUCACGUGGUUGUUGAUAAACAUGAUGCGGAAGGCUUUAAACAUAUCACAGUGGAUGAAAAAUAUCAGAUCGGGAAUAACAUUAAUGCAUACGGGAAAGAACACCCGUACCAUCACAAUAACGGUGUUCGUGCUCCCCAUUUUGUACAGCCACUAGGUAAAAAGCAUGGGAAAAACGUGAUAACCCCUCGGCACGAUGCUUCUCACAGUUUGGUGGAUUCCAUGGAAACGGUGACGUUAUCCUGGGAAAACGUUAACGUAGAAGUCAAACCAAAGAACAGACCAUGCUUUAGGGGACCAGACCCUAGCGUAGUUCAGAAACGAGUUCUCAGAGAUGUGUAUGGACAUGUGAAGCCUGGCACACUUUUGGCAAUUAUGGGGGCAAGUGGCUCAGGAAAGACAACUCUGCUUAAUACUCUGACGUCACGAAUUAACAGUGAAUCGUUAAGCGCAGCCGGAGAUAUUAAGGUCAACGGUAUUGAUGUAGGCGCGGGAAUUCGGAAUAUCUCCGCUUAUGUUCAACAAGACGAUCUAUUUAUAGCUACUAUGACAGUGAGAGAGCACCUUACAUUCAGGGCUUUAUUGAGAAUGGAACAGGAAGUUUCCAGGGCGAGGAGAUUAGAGCGUGUUGACGAGGUCAUACAAGAACUCGGUCUACAGAAGUGUCAAGACAAUAUCAUUGGAAAUCCGGGUAGAAUUAAGGGAAUCUCUGGCGGGGAAAUGCGUAGACUUUCUUUUGCGUCAGAGUCAAGCGUUCUUCUAAUGGCGGAAGGCAGAGUUGCGUUCCUUGGAGACUCGGCUGGGGCGCUCAACUUCUUCAAAGAAGCUGGCUAUCCUUGUCCAGUGAACUACAACCCAGCUGACUUCUAUAUCAUGACGAUGGCAGUGGUACCAGGCAACGAAACAGAAUGUAAAACAAAAAUUGAGGCAAUUUGUGACAAAUUCGAUGACACACCCAAUGCCAAAUCAGUACUUGCUGAGAACAAACGUGUUGCCGAGAACCCCAAACGAACAGGAAUCAUAUACGAGGAAGCAUUUAGCAGCACAUCUAGGUACGAAGCAUCUUGGUUACGUCAAUUUGCUGCCGUGUUUGAAAGGUCCUGGAAGACAACAGUCAGGGAGCCAAUGGUAGCUCGAGUUCGAUUUGUACAGACAAUAUUAUUAUCAAUAGUCCUUGGACUGAUCUACCUGCAGUUAGACGUAGACCAGAGGGGUGUUAUGGACAUAAAUGGUGUUCUCUUUCUCAUGAUUACAAAUAUGACAUUCACAAAUGUGUUUGGCGUACUAAAUUCGUUUCCGCUGGAGACGCCAAUAUUUUUACGAGAAUACGGUGUUGGACUUUACAGAGUGGACGUUUAUUUUCUAAGUAAAUGCCUUGCCGAGUUGCCGUCUUUUAUCAUUAUUCCCCUAAUAUUCUGUGCCAUCACCUAUUGGAUGAUAGGAUUGUAUGCCACGUUCGAGGCUUUUUUGGUGUUCACAGGGGUGAUGCUUCUAGUCGCUAACAUUUCAGUUUCUUUCGGUUACAUUGUAUCAGCAGCCGCGAACUCAGUGACCACCGCCUUGGCCUUCGCCCCACCUAUGAUGAUACCACUACUGAUGUUUGGUGGCUUCUUUCUCAACUCCGACUCUAUACCUGUGUACUUUAUUUGGCUGGAAUAUCUGUCCUGGUUCAAGUAUGCGAACGAGCUUCUGUCUGUAAACCAGUGGGAUAACAUAGAUUCUAUAGACUGUGAGAAUAGUACAUCAUCAGGAUCACAAAGCCUGUGUCUGUAUAAAUCCGGUGAACAAGUGAUUAACUACCUCAAUUUUGAUAAGGACAAUCUUUGGUUGGAUGUUGGCUGUUUGUUUGCCAUGCUGGUGGCUUACAGACUGGUGGCAUAUAUAAUACUUCUGAUUAAGGCUAGAAAGUCAAAACAAUAGACAACCAUACCAAAAAGAGACGCUUAGAAUUAAAGGGACGUAAUUGGUGUUUGUUUAGCCAUUUGUUUUGUGUGGCAGUUGUCGCCCUUGUAAUACUUUAUGUUUUCCUGAAUGUCUUAAAAAUUUACAUGUUCGAGAAUAGCUGACUUUUAUAAAUGAUAAAUAUCACGUACAAAUCUUGUUAUAAAUUUGAUGCAUAAUCUAGAAAAACGACUUGGUAGUUUUUUACCAUAUAUUUUAAACGAGACAUUUUAUAAAAUUCUAUAAAUGUGAGGAGAAAUAUAGUUCAAACCAAACUUAUUUAUAUGCUUGUGAAUAAAACGUUAUUAUUAAUUAUUGAGUAUUGACCCAAUGAGUCAGAAUUCUAAUGAAAUAAAACAUUAGGACAUUAACAAUGACCUUUGAAUUUUAACACUAAAUACACAAGAUUAUCAUGGUUAUGUUACACUAGAGUGACGUCAAUACGGAAAUUAAGUGAAUUUUAUCUUUGUCAUUGAAUAUAAUGAAUUAGGACCCAGUAAAACACUUCACAGGGUAAAGUGAAACAUUGUUAUUGUUAAAAUAUUCAAGCUGGCUUUCUGAAAGUCAUUAUUUUAUCUCAAGUGCCUGCUUUUAUCUAACACAUGUCAUUUAGGGACUCUUAAAGCAGCAUGCCUCCAAAUUCGUGCUCAUUCUCAUAAAAACAUUUGAAAUGUAUUUAAUUGUCAAAUAAACAAAGAAAGUCAUUUACACAUUGCAAACGACACUUUAAAUGUACGAAAAAUAGCUAAAAAUUGGUCAAAAUAUGCAAAACUAGCCUUUAAUGCAUUAGUCACGCAGUAGAAAUAUGGUGAAAAAUACCUCAAAUCAGUCAUAAAUUGCAUAUAACAGGUAAAUUAUUUCUUGCAUUGUGAAUACUUUGAAUUACGUUUCUUAUCUUUUCAAGAUUAAAUUUCUUGAAAAAGUUUGGCUCAUUUGGAAGCAUGCAGCUUUCAAUUAUCAAAAUUGGAAAGUAACCAUAAUUAUGACCAUGGCUCGCUAUGGUGGUCAGACUAGUCACAGGGGUGUUCUGUUUUGUUGUGAGUUAUUCAUGUUUCACAAAAAUAUACUGGUUAUAUUCUCCUUUGAGUUUAUGAGAAUGAAAUGUGAAAGACAAUCAUAAAUAUGUAUCCAUAAAUUGUAAAAAUAGAAGUAUAAAGUAUAUUGUGUAUUGUGUAUGGUAAAUCUUACUUCAUGUACAUGUAAUUAUAUUAAUGAAGUAACAAUUACAUCUUUCCUCACACUAUUCUAAAUACUUUGAUGUUUGUUUUAAAGCAGCGCACUUCAGUCUUGUUUUUCCCAUAAUUUUCGUAUUAAAAAUCGAAAGUGUUUCAUAUAGUUAAUAUAUUGUAAAGUAAACAGCUAGUAUAAGACACGUACAAUCUAUAUAAAUUGUAUAAAAAGUUUCAAAAUAUGCAAAAAUAGGUCUUACCUUUUAAGUAACCUGGUAAAAAUAAGUUGAUAAAAAACACUUAAUUCAGCCAAGUUUUGUAUACAACAUGAAAAACAAAAAUACUAAAAUGAUAUAUGGAUUGUGACCAUACUUUUCUUAAAGUCUAAAUACAUUUUUGUUUUUUGUGUGUAAAAUUGGAAUUUUUGAUAUAAAUUUUUUUCGCCUGUGUGAUAGUGCGGAGAUUUAAAGAUUUUCAUCAACAUAUAAGAUUUUUAACAUAUGUUAUAGGUUGAUAUAAUGUUGUCAAAUGGUCACUUACCUUUGUUGUUAUUGUUGUAUUAAAUUGUUUCUGUUUGGCAGUCGCAUUCGUUUUUAACGUGUGGUGUGAUUGGCAGAAUAUGACCAAGUUUCGGCGUCUGUCAGCCUUUAUAAAAUGGGACCAAUACGUUAAAAAAUGGUUUCAACAAAAUUGGUCUCAAAACAAGGAAAUUUGUGUUUUUGUUGUAUUUUGAUCUUUUAUGUAAUAUUUUGUUAUAUUGAUAAAACUAUUAACAUUGCAAUGAAAACAUGAAAAUGAAAUUGUAUCCUAUUUAGAGCUCGGACAGCCUAAUAGGUUAGAGGUAUUCUAGAGAUUACACCAGUGUUUACAUCAUCAGUACAUGUAUAUACAUAUUUUGCAAGCUGUAUUUUAGUCAAAGAAAACAAAUGUGCAUUUUUAAAACUGUACAACCACUGAUUUAUAUACUUAUUUUACAUUAAUUUAUCUAUCUGAUUAAAGGGUUUUUGCCUUAACUUGACUUGCCAUAAUUCCAUAUAUUUUUUACUAUAAAAUAUAUAUCACUAAUCAAAAUAUAGUUUAUUUAUUUAUAUAAACAUAUAAAAACAAGCACUAUAUUAUAAAGAAGAAAAUGUUUUUUUCUUCUUUGCCUACCUUUGUAUCAAUUAAUAUAGAUCUGCACUGUUCGCUGUUCAUUUAUUGAUAAAAUUUUCCUUAAAGGUACAUUAUGCCUCAGAAAUCCAUAUUUUUUAAUUCUAAGUAAAUAUCAAACAUGUGUUUACUAAUGUUUUAAUAGUGGAUUAAGAGCAUGUUUAAUUUUAAAGUUAGUAGCGUUGAAUGUGCAGAAAUGUGUUGUAAAGGUAGCAAAAUGUAAGCAAAGUAGUAUUUUGAAUUCCAUACAAAAUACUAAUUCACAAGUUAUCUCCAUUGUCAACAGAGCUUAAAGAGCAAAAGACAGUUCUAGUAUAUGGUAAAUUAGUAUUAUUUUGGAACUGUAACAAGAUACCAAAAAAAAUAAAAAAGAUUUUUUAGAAAUAAAAAUGAUAACAUUUCUCAGGCAAUAGCAUUUCUCAGGCAUAAUGGGCCUUUAAAGGAAGAAGUGUUAUGUCCAGAUUGAAAGAAGGACAAUUCCUAUAUUAGAUAUUUAGCCUCGUUAAGGUUAAUAUAAGUGCUAAUAAGUUGUUUAUGUUUUAUUUUUUGUUCUGUUUUUGUUUUAUUUGUGUGAGAUCUACCGUUAAACGGUCUCUACUUUUUUAACAUUUGAAGCGUUCAAGGAACACGUGAUCAAAUUCUCCACUAUAUCAUUGAGAUAAAAACAACGCCGAAUGUGUUUAAUGCAGCAUUAGAGAUAUAUUGUUAGAUAGUAUAACUUCAAAAUAUGUUGUUCCAGCAGUUGUUAUUUUUUGUAAAUAAAAUCUAUUUUGAGAAUUA